AUGAAGAAAGAAGCUGAGGAAGUGCCGGCGCGGCCAUUUAAAUUAGCGCAUCAAAUACUGAGUCUUACCGGUAUCAAUUUCGAGCAAAAGAGCAUUAUUGGGUUCGUCGAGCUCACGAUCGUACCGACGAGCGAUUGGUUGCCCAUCGUCCGGCUAAACUGCCGCCAGUGCCGGAUCUACCGGGUGAUCCUCAACGAUAGCUACGAGUGCGAUACGCACUACUUUGACCCGUUCCAGGAUAUUUGCCAGGGCGAAACAAAGAACAAGUCGUUGGAGCACUUUUCACGCUGCCACCUGGAUGUGGCACGUAAAACCGAUUCCGACCAGAAUGGUGGUGAGCUGGUGGUGAUCGUACCACCGGAAGCGAAACAUCUGAUCGGCGAAGGACGUGGGCUUCGGAUUGGGAUAGAGUUUUCACUGGAAAACCCUCUGGGUGGUGUGCACUUUGUCAUUCCGGAGGGCGAAGGUACGAUGGAGGAACGCGGAGCGCACAUGUUCACGUACGGGCACGAGAAUUCGUCCCGUAUGUGGUUCCCGUGUAUCGACAGCUACUCGGAACCGUGCACCUGGAAGCUGGAGUUUACUGUGGACAAAAACAUGACCGCCGUCUCGUGUGGAGAGCUAGUCGAGACCGUCAUGACACCGGAUUUGCGCCGCAAAACGUUCCACUACACACUCUCGGUACCGGUUUGCGCUCCGAAUAUUGCGCUCGCGGUUGGUGCUUUCGAGAUUCACGUCGAUGCACACAUGCACGAAGUUACGCACUUCUGUCUGCCUCACCUGCUCCCUCUGAUGCGCAACACCGUGCGCUAUCUGCACGAAGCGUUCGAGUUCUACGAGGAAGCCCUCUCGACACGUUACCCCUUCUCGUGCUACAAGCAGGUGUUUGUGGACGAGAUCGACAGUGAGUGCAACGCGUACGCCACCAUGACGAUCCUUUCGACGCAUCUGCUGCACACGAUCGCCAUCAUAGAUCAGACGUUUCACUCGCGCAAGCUCAUGUCGAAAGCGAUCGCGGAACAGUUCUUUGGGUGUUUCAUCACGAUGGAGAAUUGGUCCGACGCGUGGCUGGCGCGCGGUAUGGCCGAGUAUCUUUGUGGACUCCACUCGAAGAAGUGCUUCGGCAAUAAUGCGUAUCGCGCCUGGAUCCGUGACGAGUUGGCGGAAGUGGUUCGCUACGAAGAGCGCUACGGUGGCAUCAUACUGGACUGUAGUCAACCGCCAGCUCCACCGGCCGUCUCAAGCAUUAACAAUUCGCCGGCAGCACCCCUCAAGGCGUACAACGACAAUCCGUUCUACUUUCCGAUAAAAAACCUUCACACGAUGUCCCCGAAGUACAUUCUGAUGAUGCGCAAAAAAGCCCAUCUCGUGAUACGUAUGCUGGAGCAUCGGAUCGGAUUGGAGCUACUGUUGCAGGUAUUUAACAAGCAGCUAGCGUUGGCCUUAAAUGCGGCGGGUACGAAGAUCGGUGCCGGCCUGUGGGGUCACUUGCUCAUCUCGACGAACGUCUUCACGAAGGCCAUCUUCACCGUUACGGGAAAAGAAAUGGCAGUGUUUAUCGAUCAGUGGGUGCGCACCGGUGGUCACGCCAAGUUCACCAUGACGUCCGUGUUCAACUCCAAGCGGAACACAAUCGAACUAGAGAUACGGCAGGAUUGCGUGAACCAGCGGGGCGUCCGGAAAUACGUUGGACCGCUGCUGAUUCAGUUGCAGGAACUCGACGGUACGUUCAAGCAUACGCUGCAGAUCGAGAACAUUAUCGUCAAAUCAGACAUCACCUGCCAUUCGAAGAGUCGGCGUAAUAAGAAGAAGAAAAUUCCACUGUGCACCGGAGAAGAAGUGGACAUGGACCUUACCAUAAUGGCGGAAUCGCCGGUGCUGUGGAUUCGACUGGAUCCAGAAAUGACCCUGCUCCGAUCGGUUAACAUUGAGCAACCGGAUUUCCAGUGGCAAUUUCAACUACGCCACGAGCGUGACGUUACCGCUCAGCUGGAUGCAAUUCAGGCACUGGAAAAGUACGCCACACCUCAGGCCCGGCUUGCGCUGACCGAUACAAUCGAAAACGAGCGGAUCUUCUACGAAGUCCGCUGUCAGGCCGCACUCUGCCUCACGAAGGUGGCGAACGCGAUGGUCACUUCGUGGCAGGGCCCACCAGCCAUGCUGACGAUUUUUAAGAAGUUUUUCGGCUCCUUCAGUGCACCGCACAUCAUACGGCAAAAUAAUUUCACCAACUUUCAGCACUACUUUCUGCAGAAAACGAUCCCCGUGGCGAUGGCUGGUCUACGGACCGCGCACGGUAUCUGUCCACCGGAAGUGACCCGUUUUCUGCUUGAUCUUUUCAAGUACAACGACAACUCAAAGAACCAUUACUCGGACAACUACUACCGGGCGGCGCUGGUGGACGCACUCGGUCAUACGAUCACUCCGAUCAUUUCGGUCGUACACCAGGGUCGGGCACUUUCAUCGGAGAAUCUAUCUGCCGAUGCCAAGUUGGUACUCGAAGAGGUCACGAGAAUCUUGAACUUGGAGAAACAUUUGCCAUCGUACAAGUACACGGUAUCGAUCGCGUGUCUAAAGGUUAUCCGGAAGCUGCAGAAAUGUGGUCAUCUGCCGACGAAUCCGAAAAUCUAUCGAAGUUACGCCGCUUACGGUCAGUACAUCGAUGUGCGGCUGGCGGCGAUGGAGUGUUUGGUCGAUUACGUAAAGAUCGAUGGUCGUUGGGAGGAUCUGGUGCACCUGAUUGACCUUCUGGAAACGGACCCGGAUCCGAUGGCUCGUCACCAGCUAGGCGCCUUUCUGACCGAUGCACUGCCCUUCGAUAAGGCCAACCGGCAUCGCUUGGACCGUGAAGAGCUGGCGUUGCGCAUUUUCGAGAACAUGAAUAGCAAACUGUCACACGACACAAAACUACGGUGCGAUAUGAUUGAUCUGUAUAACUCGCUGUACGGUGUCCGAGUGCCACACUGUCUUGCCAACCAGGAGUUGGCAAACAUUCUACGGCCGCAAAAGGUAGGUUCCAGUUUUGGUGGUUCGACCGGUGACCGGGGCGGAGGUCGCAAAACAACAAAAUCUCCGGUGACGGACGACAUCGAACUUGGACCUUACUUUGUGGCAAAACGGGAGACCGAUUCCGUCAGUCCGGAACCGGCGCGAGAGGCAAAAGCUUCGUUUGAUUUGAUCGAAAUCGGAGACACGCAAGUCAUGAUACCGACGAGCCCUCCAUCGUACGACGAGGACGUUCGCCGGAAGGAGCGCGAGGAAAAUGAACGUGUAGCGCGCGAGAAUCAAAUCAUCAUCGAAACCAUGGAAGCGAGCAUCAAGGCGGAAGCAAACGAAGCGGAUAAGGCAGCGGACGGCAGUGCUGCUGAGCGAAACAGUUCCGCCGCAGGCCCGGUGAAGGAGGAAGUGAUCGACCUAGACGAUACGGACACACCGACGAGUGCGCUGGAUGGGACUGGUGGCGACGGAACGGCACCGCCACCGACUAAGAAAAUGAAAUCGGAUUUUUACUCCGAUAACUCGAUUUCACUCCCCGGAAUUAAUCCCGGCUCCCAGACGACCGGCCCAACCGGUUUCGAACCGGGAAUGUUUGGCACAACUGCCAGCAGCAAAGUGCUCGAUUCCCCUGGUGACGGCUCGAAGAACGAUGGAAACAAGAAAAAGAAAAAGAAGGACAAGAAAAAACACAAACACAAGCACAAGCAUAAGCACAGCAAGGACAAGGAUCGCGACAAGGAUCGCGAUCGUGAGCGGGACAGAAGCAAGGAGAAGGAAAAGAAAGACCCGAGCCUUGUGCGCGUUACCAGAGAGGAUACGCAAGAGACCCUCAGUUCGGCCGACAGUUCGAGUCGCGACAGCAAUCCCACCACCCUUGACUUGACGUUAUAAC